GAGACGAUAGCAACGCAGGAUAUUCCAGGGAAACAAGCAACUUAAAAGAAACCCUUGCGCAUCUCUUCUCUUCACCUAUUUUCCCUCUAUUUUUCCCGUUCCGCCCCCAACCGCCAGGAAACCCGGUGCUGGAAACCGGAACAUGAGAGCGUUGGACAAGAUUGGCGACGCGAGAACAGGGGCAGCCACCAAUAGAAAAUUGAUCCCACGUCGUUCCAGGGCCUGGGAUUGAAUUCACCCCCGCAGUAGAUCUACGAUAAGACGCUCUGUGAUUCCGCUUUCCGCUUUCCGCGCUGACGUUGCUCAUUUUCUCACGGCCGGGAGAAGAGCAGCUUCACGAUAUCAUCACUUUGAUCAAUUACCGCCAAUUGUCGAUUAUUAUGACGGCCGUCACCAUGGUUGAUCCACCUCCUGCCACCUCCUCAGAUCCUAUUUCGUCAUUGCCAGCGUGCAACGAGCCCGUCUUUCACAAUAUCCCCUCUGCCGAGCACGCUCCGUUACGCUCCAUCCGCUCACGCCGGCAGACCAACCCGGACAACGUAAUUGCGCACCUCCAACGCGCAGUCAGUGCUCGGGACGGCCAUGAGAUUGCGCUGCUAUCUGUCGGAGAAGCGGCGCGCCUGUUCGCCGCCGUUCUAGGGCCGCUUGGGAAAGCAGCAUCGCGUCAAUCACGUAGCGGGUCGAUAUUUGCAACAAAAUUCCGGACACCUACGCGGCGAUUUGGUGCCAUCGCAAGUGGGACUUCAACGCGCCUGUAUGCGUUGCUGGCGAUUCUCGAGGAAUGGCAGCUGAUGAUUCGAAUGUGGGGUCUGUUUGAUAUGUGGUUGUCGGCAAAGGAAGUCAUCCAGGAGAAGUUGAUGGGCAAGAACCACACGCUUGCAGAUGUGCUGGACACCUCAAUUGCCACUCUUCAAACUGUAUCGAUGACUGCAUUCCACAUAUGCGAGGCAGUGACAUGCCUGUCUCAAGCAAGAGUCUUGUCUUGGUCGCCCGAGCUUCAAGGCAAGUUCAUGGGCUGGGCGGCUCGAUUCUGGGCUACAUUCACCUUUAUCGAGGUCGCUCGACAUCUUUUCGAGUGGUCACGGAAAGAACCGAGCGAUGAGGACUACACAGAGUGGAGGGACCAGUGGAAAUCAGAAUUCUUCCGCAACCUGGCGUGGGCGCCAUACACAAUUCAUUGGAGUAUGCCCGACGGCUUCCUACCCGACUUCCUCCUCGGUGUAUUUGGACUAUACCCGUCUCUCAGCAUUUGGAGAGAUAUAUGGCAAGCUACUGCUUGAAAUUGUUAGGAUGGUGAUGUUGGGUGCAUCGAGUGUUGUAUAUACCAAGUGGCGGCGUUGCAGAGGGUAACAUUCUCAGGAAAGAUAUCUGGAACAGGCUGGAUGAAGAGACUUUACGUGGGUGGAACUGCAUCAAUGUUGUAAAUAAAGAUACCGAAUAUAGCUGGCUGCAGAGAGCGAUUCUCCACCAACCUUGCAUGGCCAUAAAGGAA